AUGUUUGGCAUCCUCAAAUUUCAGACCUUCCUCCUGGUCGUCUUACUCUUCAUCUGCUCCUGCACAUAUCUCCACGGCAUCUUCCCGACGUGGCUAGAUCGCAACAAGUCUGGACCUCUCGGCACAUUCUGGAGAGCAGCGAGGAUCGGCGAAAGGCUGAGCCCAUAUGUCAGCUUGUGCUGCGUGGCGAUGGCGAUGAGCGUGUUAUUGGGAAGAUGA